CGGCAGCACUGUGGCUCUCUCUCUCUCAUUCUCUCUCGCGGAAGCGGAAACGAGCAUGUGUACAUGGAAGCGGGAACAGGACUAGGAACAUAUAAAUAGCACGACGGCCCGCAGGACUCGCUCACUCUGCCAGCGUCGUUUGGAGAGCUUGGCGCCUGGAGUCCAGAGCUCCGGCCGAAACGCGUCUCUUUGCGCAGUAAAAAUAUUGCAUCUUUAUUGAAGCAGCUAUUGCUAUUGUCAUCAUGUCAGGAGGAGGAACCGGAAGCUAAGAGGAAGCCAAAAAACCGAGCAAUGAUGGAGACCACUGGCGGCUACCAGGACAUCAGCGCCCUGGAAAAAUCUGUGGCCAAUGCGGGCUCGCAGCUGUACACGAUGGCCCAUAAGCUGCAUGCGGUGGAGCGCAGCCUGGAACAGACGACGAUGGAGCAAAUGGACGAGAUGGAGGUGCUGGAGCUGCUCGAGUCGAUGAGCGAGGUGACCAACGAGUACCAGAAUCUACGGAAGGACAUUCGCGAGGUGCAGCAGCUGCAGCGUGACGUCAGCAGCUCGAUACGCUACCAAAUGCGCAGCAUGCAGCAGACCUUUCACACACUCAAACAACGGAUAGCCAGCUCCCAGAAGAACUGGAGCGGCAACAAGCCUGUGUCGGAGGAGGAGCAGCGAGUCCGAGAGGCGAAAAACCAGUAGGAGCAGGGGAGCCGAAGCCACCACAUUUAUGAAUAAACCAUGAAACUUAUUGAUUGGACAAAAAGGGAGAGACGGACCCUGCGAGAGGUGCCGGAACUGUGUCGAAGGGAUGAGCGGUUAAUGUGAGCGAAGGAUUGACUGGAGCGAGCAGCGAGGAGCAUGGAGGAGCGUCCAAACUGAAGCAAUCAACUGUGUAACUAUAUCGCUGUCACAUAUACACCAAGCAUUUAGACUACUUUAUAAUGUAUACACUAUGAAAUCGAAAAAAAGCUGCGAAUACACCACACACAUACACCUUGUAGGUCGGGUGGUAAUUUAUACAUGUAUAUCCCAGCAUAGGAAUAUAGCGUAUUUUACGACGAACCGAAUGUCUGAUGCACUUUUCCAAAAUUUGCCUUAACAUAAUAUCGUAUUUGAGCUAGUUUUUGAUACGACACGUUUUUAACCGAAAAUAAAACAAAAAUAAUUAUAUUAUUAGGCUGUACUCGCACACACAUAGGUUAUUUUUAU